GGCUUUUUUGACUCUCGGUAUUUUGAUCAUUUUUUAGGCUAGUUACAGUAUAUCACAGUUGGCAAGAAUUUGUUUUUAUUUUUAAAUUUCUGCAGUCCCUUCUAUUGCAAAGUGUAUAGAAUUGCAGGUUAGCCUAUAUGUCUACACUCUUUACCCGCACGUGGGUUUGUCACAAUACCAGAAUUUCAGUAGUCGAUACCAAUACAUUUUUUUAAAGACAGCAGGCGUUCUUCUUUGCCGCUGACUACCGAGAAAAACAAGAGACUAGCACUCUGAAAACAAGUCCAAAACAACAGGGAACUUGGAAAUUUGCAAGCUACUAUACCACAAGGGGUACACGUAUCGCUGGUUGGGAAUCACUGCUCUAUAUGUCGGGUGCGCAGUGCUGUUUUUAAGAAUCUACUGCAACAACGCUAGUUAAAGAUUUGAAGACAAGAAUGCUCUACUGUUUUUAGGAAUCUGUUGCAAAAAUGUUAGUGCGUCCAAAGUUUUGAAGUAAACAUGGGGCCAGAUUUGCCCCGUGGGCCACCAGUUGAAUAACCCUGUUGUAGGAAGACCAGAAGACAGCCUCAUGGCUGUGGUCAGAGUUCACGAGGAAGAGUUAGAUGAUACAAAAAUGUUUUGUUUCCCCCCACAACUGGACUCCAUAACUCCAAGGUGCGUUAAUGCAAGCACAUCUGGAGGUGCAGACAGCAGGAUGACAACCAUGGGAACAGUGGCGGCGCAGACCCCCACCAGAGGCAUCCAGCGGAGAGGAAGUGUGUGUUCAUAUGUGUGUGCAUGUUGAGUCACUUGCUGCUGAGUCAUCGCUGGGCUGGCCAUGCAGAUAGAAACAGCCUUCUGGGGGGGCCAGCUGCAGGGGCGCAAGGGGGGCACGCACCGAUGCACGCUUUAAAGAGUACAGGAAGGGAAUUAGUUGUUGUGACAGGACUCCUCCGGGAACUUCAGUGACGCAAUAUUGGGCCAUGCCAAGUUACACCGCUCCCCGCCCCCUUACAUUGGCGUCUGUAUGUUCCAAUUUUGAAAAAAAACAAACCAAGUGUGAGCGUGUUGCAUGACACCAAGUGAAGAAGCGUCUGCCUGCGAGUGGCGUCACUGGGGACACGGCGAGAGAUUUGGUGGAGAGAUAACCAGUCAGUGAUUCUCAGACGGUCUGGUUACUGCAAUGAAUGGUAACACAUUCCAUCCAGCCAACACCACCGUGACAGCAGGAGGCGGCCCUGGCGUUGCAGCCCCCCCGAGAGGCUGGAGGGAGUUCUGCGAGCUGCACGCCAUCGCCACAGCACGCCAACUUGCAGGACACUACCGGAGCUUCGCCAGGGAGCGCCCCCAGAAUGACAUCCUCCCGCCGGAGACGUUCUCCAAGCAGUUCACCGACCUCUUCCAGCAGCACUUCAGCUACGAGGUCGACAAAGAUGGCACUCCCCUCCAACAGAGCACCUGUCACACUGCUGCUGGCAAUACCUCUACGGUGGCUUCUCCCGCUCCUUCACAAACCGUGAUUAGUCGAUUACGGAUCACCUCUUUGUCUGGGGUGCAGGACUAUCGGGAGGCUGGUCGGCAACCCGGAGGAGCUGCUCGCUUUGCGGUGGUGUCACCCAAAGUGGAGCCAGUCGUGGUGAGCAGGGAGCAAGAGCAGCUGCUGCGAUGUGCCCCAGGAAACCCCCGAUCAGGAAACCCGGUGCUGCUCAGGGGCUUGACCCGUAAUUUCGGAAGUGGAUCGGUGUUGUUCCGUAGCCGUAGUAACGAGGAGCUGUCCGGCACGGACAGUCGCCAAGCAUCCGACUCCUCGGCACCCAACCCAGCACACGAUGUCACUCACUUCUCCGUUAGUCAGAUUCGGCAAUCCGUAAGGCGGCUUUUUAAGAAACGGCCCCUUCCUCGGCCCCCCUCAUCACAGGACCUGUCCGCCAGCAACCCCACCCAUUCCAUCAUCAGCCCCUCAAACAGUAGUGAUAGAGUCAGCAGCGUGCCCUUCACAUCUGAGCAACCCUCCUCUUCCUCACAAACCCGCUCUUCACUGAACUCUGACGCCACGCCCGCAGCGUCACCAUCAUUAUCCGGAGUAGCUUCCAACUUCCUGGAUCGCUUCCGUUGGUUACGCAGCGGGAGCAUGAGGCAGAGGAGGUCAGAGGUCAGCAGCUGCUGUAAAGAGAGCCAGCUGAGGUACUUGCUCGUCGAUGACACCAUCUCAGACUCGCAGCCACGCUGGCAGCGCUGCCGCCUGCUGGUCAGGAGGAUCAGGGACGCUGAGGACGGAGGAGGCGAGGGCUACCAGUUGGAGCUUUAUGAUCCUCCAAAGGCCUCCAGUCCCAAACUGACGACUCACUGCUCAGAUAUCCAAGAAGUCCGUCGCUGCAACCGGCUGGAGAUGCCCGACAACUUAAACACGUUUGUUUUAAAGGUUAACCGAGGCAGUUUGAUAUUUGAGACGGACAACGACCAGCAGGUCAGCUCCUGGACCACGGAGAUAAAAGAAUGCAUCAGCAACAGGUCAGGCAGUGUGGACCUGGAGCCCCUCCCCUCCCCGGCUGACAGCUCCAUUUCGACCAAUCACAGGGCGAGCUCCGAAUUGGGAAGUCAGAGCGAGUGGCGGCCCGGCUCUUCCCACCCGGUCCCACAGACGCGUCCCGUAACAAUUAGCUGCCCGGUCACCUUCACUCUGCCGGAGCCCGUCGUCCAUAAGACGGAUCACUUCCUGUUCUCCUACCCAUGGUUCCACGGGCCCAUCUCCCGGGUCAAGGCGGCCCACCUGGUUCAGAGCUCGGGCGCCGAGGGACACGGUGUCUUCCUGGUGCGUCAGAGCGAGACGCGGCGAGGAGACUACGUCCUCACCUUUAACUACCAAGGAAAAGCCAAGCACCUGCGUCUGUCCCUGACGGACGGUGGGCAUUGCAGGGUGCAGCACCUGCGCUUCCCCUCCGUCAUUGAGAUGCUCAACCACUUCCAGCUCUCCCCCAUCCCGCUCGAUUGCGGAGCCGCCGGCGCCGUCACAUUGUCCAGCUUUGUGGUGGCAGGCUCCAGCCCCCCGUCACAAUGUCAGCACCGCUGGAACUCAGAGCCCAGCUUGGCUCACUGCAGCCUGUCUCGCAGCCAGCCGCCAUCUUCUUCUACUUCCUCCACCUGUGGCACCAGUGCUCCCGGUUCUGGCCCCCAGCCGUCUCUUCGCGGCAGCAACCCGGCCCCGCCCCUAUUGGCCACCGCCCCCCUGCGCCGCAGCGAGUCGAUGGGGAGGCGGCCACUGCUUCGCCACAGCAAUCCGCACCCUCCCGUCAUCCCCCAGCGUGACUCGGACUAUGAGCUGGAGCCCGAACGCGGCCGUAAGCGGGCCAUAGACAACCAGUACAUGUUCCUCUGACCCCUUGUGGAGCCGAGGCGUUAAAUCUGAGAGAGCUUGUGAUGCUGCGUCUGAUGCCAAGGGGCUGUCACAUGUGUCCACAGUGAAUGUAUGUCAAAUUCAGUCUGGGCAAGCGAAAAACUAUUUUUAUAGAUUUUAUAAUAGCGCUACACGCUAGCACCUCCCAACCUGCAAGGGGCAGCAAAAGAGCAGGAGUGUCCACCACCAGUAAUACAGUGAAAUGCUAGCUUAGCACGAGUGACAGGUGAGUGCAGCACUUUUAUUUAUGAUCCACAAUGAGGUGGACCGCCUUUUUUUUUAUUAUUAUUUUGCUAGCGUUCUGGGUCGCUCUUUUAAGAAAUAAUACAUUUAUUCCUGGCACAAGUCUUAUGUAAACACAAACAACUAAGCACUCUUUGUUUUCCAGCGUUCCGACGCUCUUAUUCUCCUUUUUUCAUGCAUUAUUUUAUUUUGAGAUGCUUUCAGUGCACUUUGAAAAAAAACGUUUUGUCAAGACACAGAAUGGGAUGGAGGUCAAAGAGGUCGGUCAAAUGUGCUAACAUGUCGCGUUGUCAACACAUUUUCAAAAUUCACCUCUUCGUUACGUGGUUGGAAAAAUGGAACCAAGAUGUACUAGGUAGGGAUGGGCAGAGUGAUCGCUCCGUUAAUUCAUUGACAAGUCAGAAAAAUAGUUUGGCAUGGAGGCAAAAAAAUGGGACUGCAGUACUUGUCUGCGACAAGCAGAGGCAGUGUUGAGCCAGUCUCUCAUAACAUCUUUAGUUUUUAUGAAGUCUUCCAAGGGCCGUAAAUACAAAAAGGAGAAAACAAAUGUCUUGUUAGUGUUUGGGGGUGGGCAGCAUGGUGGCCCUGUGUUUAGCACUUCUGUGAAACUGAAACCGCAACAUUAAAAGCAAACAUUUUUCUGCACACACGUCACAAAAAAGCACCCAGAGGCCUGGCGUAGUGCGUGGACUAACCUAUGAGGGGCAGCAGUGCGCUACGGGGUAUCCAGACUGCGGGAAAGGAAAACGAAUGAAGCAGCUUCGUUAGCUGUUGGCUUUGUCACUACGCAAUACGUACCCGGAACACAAUCGCUUCAACUGGGUUAAACGCAUGUGCAGAACGCGUCUACAUCCGGUCGGCCUAUUUUUCGGCAGUCACGUUAGGCAUGUGUAAUCGACGCGAUCCGUCGAUCCGUUUUACGACAGCAAGCAAUAUACGUACGUCCCCCACCCCAAAACCUUCAGAUAGAAAUUUGAGAAAUGACCAAAUCUGUUUUUUUCCCCCCCUCAUAUAUCCAUGGUGCAAGUGGACAAUUUAUAAGCCAUCUUUUCUUUGUUCCAUAAAUUAUUUUACACUUCCGCCACAGAAAAAAUACAUACAAGCAUUUGCUAGGAAGAUGUUUGGAUGGAUGGUAUUUAUCAGUUUAGAGAAAAACAUCUCUAGCUUAGUCCUGUAAGAUGAAUCCAUCAUUACACUGCUGAUGGUUGUUUACAUUGAAAUAUCACUGCAUUUUAUGCCUUUUAUUGGAUAUGUGUGUUAUACGUAACCGGAUGCUACGUGCGUUGCCUAAGUUUUUAGUAGCUCCGCCUUGGCGGAUGUUAGACGAUAGAAACGGCAUGCUAACAAGAGUCACUCAUAAAAUAACCCUAAUAUGUGACAUAUGAAGUAUGGUUGUUGACCAUUUCUGUUUAUACAUUUAAAAAAAUACCGACCACAGCACUUCGUAAAAAACGCCAU